GACAGGGAAGGUAGCAUAAAGAUGAGGUCUUAUACGAGUAUUAUUGUUUUCAGUUUUUUUAUAGUACAAGCUUGUGCAGCAAGUUUGGGACACCACGAUGAAGUCAAAGUUUCAAAAACAACAGCUGAAACAAGUGUGCACUCUGCUGACAUAAAACCAGAAACACCGCAUCCUAUUGGAAAUCCAGUAUCGGUAAGCGGACCAAACAGUGAUCAUCAUCAUGCCACAACAACAUUAAACGAAGCAAUAGGUGUUCAGAAACUGGAAGAAGCUAUUGAGACUGUGCAUCAAGAAAGCAUUAGCAGCCCAGCUUCUGAUAUUGGUGCUAAUACACUGGAAGCAUUCAAAAAAGUAGUAACUUCCGAAGAAUUGAAAGAAGAACUCCCAACAAACAAAGGUGAAGAAACAAAGAAGACAGAGGGCUUAACCACUGGCGAAUCAGUCAAGCAAAACAGUAAAGAUCUCAGCACACAAACUGCUAACCAUAUACACGCUAGACAAACAAAUCAGCUAGUUGGAUCUGGAAGUGAAAUAAUUCAAAAUGGUGGAUACUUUGGCAUUAAUAAUGGCAUUGGAAAUGGUUUGCUAAGCUCUGGAGAAGGUGCCGUUAGAACUGAUAACUUUGCCAAUAUCGGAAAACUUCUUCCACCAACACAAAAUAUAGUCUAUAAUCAAGGAAUUUCUGGUAGUGGCGGAUUAGUCAGCACUGGAAACCUAGUUAGCUCUGGAGGAUUAUUAAGUUCCAAUCAGUUUGUAAAUUCUGGAAGACUAGUUGGAAUUGGUAAUUCUGGAGGCAUUAUUGGCUCUGGUGGUUUGGGACAAGCUGCUGGCAUUCUAGGAGCGAAUAAUGUUUUAAACAACUACCAAAGUGGUAACAUUGGUAUCGGAAGCCAAACUAUUCCAACCUCUGUUGAAAGUAAUCGAAGAAUACUUAUUGGUUUAGAUGAACUAAACUCGGUUCCACAAACUGUUGAAUACAGCAAACAGUUCUAUCAUUUCGAAGCACCCGAAGAGAUCCAAGAAAGUGGGCAAAUAACCAAGCAGCUGAGUAACGUAUUGAAGAAAAAUCUUCAAGUCAUCUUCAUCAAUGCUCCCGAGAACACAGCAGCUACCAAUGCUGCUCUCCAGUUAGCUAAACAAGCAAUUGAACAAAGAACGGCUAUAUAUGUUCUAAGUAAGGAAUCUGAACCUGCACAAUUAGUUGGUCAAUUGCAACAAAUCCAAGAAAAUAUUCAAAAUAAGCCUGAGGUAAGAAUUAUUAAGUACCGAACCGCAGAAGAUCUUGAACGUGCUAAACUGGAAAUUCAAUCGCAAUAUGAAGCUACCGGUGGCAGUACGGAAACUUUUAAUGGAGGCGUUGUUCCAGUUUUAAAUUAUGCAAGCGAUGCAGAAGCUUAUAGGGAAGUCGGAAAUUUGUUGGGAACAGGUAUUGUUUCGGCGACACAUUUAGGAGCCAGUGGCAUCGACGACGGCCAUCAUGCUGCGAGUUCGAAUGUUGAAUCUACUAUUGGGGGUCAGAAUAUUUUGGCAGGAAAGCAAGCUUUACUUGGAUCAAGCAUUGGUCAAUUGAAUCUAAUUAAGAGCUCUAAUACUGGAUCAACGGGUCUUGUUGGAAGCGGUGGUCUUUUGUAUUCAGGACCUUCAAUAGUUUCAAAAUCAAGUGGUUCAGUGCAAAGCACAACAAUUACAUCACCAGUUUUAUUAGGAAACACUGCAACACAAGUAGGAACAAGUUCUGGAUCAACAAAAUUUUUAACAACAUCAGGUCCCUUAAUAAGUUCAUCGAACUCUCUAGGCAGUAGUUCGAUUUCUGGAUCUAGCACUGGAUACACACGAGAACUUGGAAGUAAUUCGAUAGUAGCACCAAUAUCAAAAAUUCCAACUAACAGCGGUGUUGGACUUAAAACAAACGCAAACAUUGCAUCCGGAAGUAAAAGUAACACUUUAGUUGAUGCUUACACUUUUAAAGUUAACGAUGGUUUUGGUAGUAGCUCUUUGCAAAAAUCACAAAGUGGAUUGUCCAGUGGUCCAUUAGUUGGUACAAGUUCUGGAAUACCAAAUUAUAUUGUGGGCGGUGCCCAACCCGAUUCAUUGAUUGGUUCGUUAAAAGUUAUUGGCACUGGUUCUUUAGUUGGCGGAAGUACUGGAACAGUUAAACAAACUGAAGGUAGUUCUUCUUUGGGCUCUAUUCAAUCUGGAUUGCAAACAGGAUUGAGUUCAGACUUAAACAAAAUUGUAAGUGGAACAAGUUUCACUACUGGAAGUUCACUAGGAUCAAGUUCUAGUUCAUCAAAUAUUAUUGGCGAUGGAACAUCAAAUAUCGUUGGAAGUGGUUCAUUGUUGGGAUCAAGCUCCGGAAGCAAAACUUCAACUUUGUCAAUUGGAACUGGAUCGUCAAACAUUGUUGGAACCGGUUCAUUGUUGGGAUCAAGCUCUGGAAGCAAAACUUUAUCAAUUGGAACUGGAUCAUCAAACAUUGUUGGAACAAGUUCAGUGUUGGGAUCAACCUCAGGAAGCAAACCUUCAACUUUGUUAGUUGGAACUGGAUCAUCAAACAUUGUUGGAAGUGGAUCGGUUUUAAAAUCCGAUUCUGUAAGCCAUGCUACAGGAUCUAGCUCACUACAUAGUACUGGGUCAACCAACACUAUUGGAAGUGCAUCAUCGCAAGGCUCUAGUUCAGAACUAAGCCAGACUUCUGUUUCAUCAACAGGAACACCCAAAACUAUUGGAACUGGUUCGUCAGUCGGAAGUUAUGCUUCCCACGUAACUAUUGAAUCAUCAAAAUUAAGCAACAGUGAAUCUCUAUCAAGUGCUGGAUCAGAAAAUCUCGCUAUUAAAAGUAAAUCAAUUGGAUCAUUAGAUUCCGAUUUGGAUGGUGUGUCUGUGUUAAGUUCGACAAAAAUUGAUCAUGACCUCGACGUAACAAAAAAUAGUGGUACCAAGAAAUCAGAAUCUGAAAGUGAUUAUGUCUCAGGACUGGGAAUUGGAACGUCGAUUGGUGAAUACGUCAAAAAAGAUGAAUAUACUGGUUCAUCAUCUGAUAAGGUAUUAUCAGUUGAUGCAAAGGAAACUUCGAUCAGCAGGCAAUAUUUACCUCCGAGUUUAAAAAAAAACUAAUUAAAGAUAUAACCAAUGUUUUGAUUAUUCGUUUUCUUAAAAAGUAAUACCUAAUGUUAAAAAGUUUUAAAGCCUAAGAUAUGAAAUAAAUAUGUAUUAAAAAUG